GGUAAGAGGGCGAAAUGAUGGGACAACUGGUGUGAGCAAUCGUAGUUGCAAGAGUGGCUUUCGAGAACACAGAAGAGAUGAAAGGGGUAAAGGCAGCAAUGGCAAGUCUCCCCGAGAUGAAAAUGGUUUGUUCAUGGCCUUGCUUCUGGGAACUCUAAACAAAAUGAUAAGAAAAUGGUACAAAAGGGGAGGCAUGAAGAAAGUAGUCACCUCAAGACUGUCUCUGAGCAGUUGAAAGAGGCCCACAUGGAUAGUGACGAUGUAGCAACAUCUUAUCUCCAUAGGCAUGGAAAGCACUGCAAAAAUGAGCAAAUGGGUGAGGAACCAGUAGCCAACAUGCGGAGCUACCGUGGUGGAUUGAAGAGGGGGAAAAGGUGCAAGAGAAGAACUCGAACUAUUAAAGCGUCAAGAGAUGCUGGGGGUAAAAACAGAUUGUCUGUGGCCUCUGAUGCUUUUGUUCAAAGUUCAGCUUGUUUUAAGUACCAAAUGGAGGAGGGAGAAGAGGAGUAUGACGAGGAAAAUGUCGUGAGGGCUCCUAGAAAUGGUUAUGGGAUUCCUUGGAACUGGUCAAGAAUUCAUCAGAGGGGGAAAUCGAUCCUCGACAUGGCUGGGAGGAGUUUGUCUUGUGGUUUGUCUGACUCAAAAUCAAAGAAAGGUGGUCCAGUUCUGAGAGAUGAUUCUGAUAUAAAUGAGAUGUCUGAUCUCUCAAACUCGUCUACUAAAUCUAAUGCAGAAGCACGUCCUCUACUAGUGGAGGCAUCUGGAUCUCUGGAAAGCAUGGAUAAUACUGCUUGGGUACAUGACUAUUCUGGAGAGUUAGGUAUUUAUGCUAAUAAUAUAUUAAGUCCUGAUAUUGAUGCUGACCUUGAUUCAGAAUCUAGAUCUGGGAAUCAACACAAGUUUAGAAGGCAUCACAAUGGUAGGCUCCGGAAUCUAAGUCAAAAAUACAUGCCGAGAACCUUUAGAGAUCUAGUGGGACAGAAUUUGGUAGCACAAGUGCUUUCAAAUGCUGUUUCUAGAAGGAAGGUUGGGCUUAUGUAUGCAUUCUAUGGACCUCCUGGUACAGGGAAAACCUCUUGUGCAUGUAUAUUUGCAAAAGCUAUAAAUUGCCAGUCAUUGGAAUCAGAGAAACCUUGUGGUUCUUGCAAUUCUUGCAUUGCAUAUGAUCUGGGUAAGAGCCAAAAUAUGAGGGAAUUAGGUCAAGUUAGUAGUUUUGAGAGCGUUAUUGAUCUACUUAACAAUAUGAUUGUUUCCCAUCUGCCAUCACAGCACAGAGUCCUUAUUUUUGAUGAUUGUGACGCUCUCUCUCCUGAUUGCUGGAGUGCCAUGUCAAAGUUCAUUGAUCGAGCACCUAGGCAUGUGGUUUUUGUUCUUGUCUGUUCAAGUCUUGAUGUUUUGCCUCAUACAAUCAUAUCCAGGUGCCAUAAAUUCUUUUUUCCAAAGUUGAAGGAUGCAGAUAUUGUCCAUGCUCUGCAGUUGAUUGAAACAAGAGAAGGUCUUGAUAUUGAUAAGGAUGCGAUAAAACUUAUUGCAUCUAGAUCAGAUGGAUCUUUGAGGGAUGCUAAAAUGACUCUUGAGCAAUUGAGUUUGCUUGGGCGGAGGAUCUCUGUUCAGUUGGUUCAGGAAUUGGUUGGACUAAUCUCUGAUGAGAAGUUGAUAGAAUUACUCGAUUUGGCAUUAUCUGCUGACACAGUUAACACUGUGAAAAAUCUGAGACAGAUCAUAGAAUCUGGUGUUGAGCCAUUAGCUUUAAUGUCGCAACUUGCUACGCUAAUCACCGAUAUUUUGGCUGGUAGUUUUGAUUUGCUGAAAGAAAGGUCUAGAAGGAAGUUCUUUCGAAGACAAGCUUUAUCAAAAGAACAUAAGGAAAGGCUGCGCCAAGCUCUGAAAACAUUAUCGGAAGCGGAAAAACAGCUUAGACUUUCGAAUGACAGACUAACAUGGCUAACAGCUGCAUUGCUCCAACUUGCUCCUGACCAACAGUAUAUGUUUCCCAGUUCGUCUACAAACACUAGUUUUAAUGAUAGUCCGUUGGUCCAAAGUAAGGCUAGCGCAAGAGAGAGACCUUGGAAGAGUAAUGUUGAGCACCCUGAGAUUCCUAAUAAUGAUAGAGCAUUGUCAACACAUAUUGCCAGAAUGGAAGACAUUCAAGCUGAAUGUUGUAGUGAUGCUUAUCAUAAUGCUAAGAUUAGAGGUAAUACGACAGAUUGCAGGAGAAUUGCAAAAUCUGUAAUAAUUCCUCAACAAACAUUCUCGCUCUCUGCUGAUUCGAAUGAAAUAAGUGGCAGACCUGUAUCCAAUAGAGUAUGUAAUGAAGUUGAAGAAAUUUGGCUGGAGGUGCUUGAAAAUAUUCAAAUUCAUAGUGUAAAAGAGUUCAUGUACCAAGAAGGAAAGCUGAUUUCUGUCAGUUUUGGUGCAGCCCCAACUGCCCGGUUGACGUUUAGUUCACACCUGACAAAAUCAAAGGCAGAGAAGUAUACAACACACAUACUACAAGCAUUUGAGUCUGUUCUCGGGUCCCCUGUGACAAUUGAAAUCAAAUGUGAAUCAAAGAAAGUUGCAAGGAAUGAAAUUGCUGAAAUAGCUUUCCAUGGGGGAGUACGAGGCAAUGAGCAUAAAGAUAGCAACACACAAUAUGAUAGAAGAAGUUUGGAAGGAGCUUGGAUGGGAGACGCAGAAGCUUCACAUAAGAAAUCCUAUAUUGCUUUGUUUCAAGAAAGGAGACAGUUCGGUCAAAUGAAUGAGAGUCAGAGCCUUGUGAGAAGCAAGGUUUCCCUUGGACAUGAAAGUCAGGAUGCACAAGGAUGCGCACACCAAAAUGGAUGGUUAGCAUCCAAUUCAGUUUCAAUCGCUGAAGAGCUUGAACAAGAUAAUCUGAAACUAGAAGCUAGAUCAAGAAGAUUGCUUUGUUGGAAUGCAUCUAGAGCAACUCGUCGAAAGCUUUCUCGUUCGAAGAUUAGGACCAGGAAAUCCCAAGCUUUGCUGAGAUUUGUCUCCUGUGGAAAUUGUCUUUCAAAUAAGUCGCUGACGUAGUACAACAAAUCAUACAUGAUGAUCCCGAAGGCUUCGGUGAAUUUAUUCAUAUCCUACUAAUUGGAUGGUUAAUCCUGAUUAAUUAAUAAAGAAUAGAUUAGGUCUAAAAGAAAUGGGAUAGUGUAGCCUAUAUUAUGAAAUCUCAGUUGUUUUCUGUCAAUCAUUUGUUAUGCAGUGUAAGCUCAUAUUCUUUGCAAAGCAAUUGCAUGCUCCUUAGAGUAGUGUUAAGUAUGAAGUAUAUUUGGGCGGGGGACAUUGUUUGAGCCCUUAUUGACUAAUAUGUCCUUGUGGCAUUGCUAGAGAUGAGACUUAAGAGUAUGCAAAAAAAGAUUGCUUGAUGUUUAUAGAUGAGUUGAGGCUUCCUAAAAUCUCUUUGU